AUGAAGAGCGGCGUGGAAGGCAGCAAGCGUCCUUGCUUGGAAAUUGUGCUCCUGUGGCUGCUCUUUCUCCCGCUGUCGCCCAGCGCCAAGGAGCACGAAGUGGGGAAGAGAGUUCUCCUGUCCAUGAACACGGCCCAGCGCUCGGUGGCUCGGAAAGACGGCGAUGUGAUCAUCGGCGCUCUCUUCUCCGUCCAUCACCAACCCCCGGCGGCGAAAGUGGCGGAGAGAAAGUGUGGAGAAAUACGGGAUCAGUAUGGGAUCCAGCGGGUGGAAGCCAUGUUCCAUACUCUGGAUAAGAUCAACGCCAACCGUAACCUCCUGCCCAACAUCACACUGGGCUGCGAGAUCAGGGACUCUUGCUGGCAUUCCUCCGUUGCCCUGGAGCAGAGCAUUGAGUUCAUCCGCGACUCCCUCAUCUCGAUGCGGAACGAGAGGGAUGGACUGACCCAGUGCCUGGAAGGGCCAGUGGAGGGGGCCAAAACCAAGACCCCCAUCGCCGGGGUUAUUGGCCCGGGUUCCAGUUCGGUGGCCAUUCAGGUGCAGAACCUACUCCAGCUCUUCAACAUCCCGCAGAUCGCCUACUCCGCCACCAGCAUCGACCUGAGCGACAAGACGCUCUUUCAGUACUUCCUGCGUGUUGUCCCUUCAGAUACCCUGCAAGCCCGAGCAAUGCUGGACAUCGUACAGAGGUUCAAUUGGACCUACGUCUCUGCAGUUCACACUGAAGGGAACUACGGAGAGAGUGGGAUGGAGGCCUUCAAGGAGUUAGCAACACAGGAAGGACUCUGCAUCGCACACUCGGGUAAAAUCUACAGCAACGCCGGGGAGAAAGUGUUUGACCGACUGCUGAGAAAGUUACGGGAAAGGCUGCCGAAGGCGAGAGUUGUUGUCUGCUUCUGUGAGGGAAUGACAGUAAGAGGUCUGCUGAUAGCAAUGAGAAGACUUCGGGUACUGGGAGAGUUCCUGCUGAUUGGCAGUGACGGAUGGGCGGACCGCGAGGAGGUGAUUGAGUCCUACGAGCAAGAGGCGGUGGGAGGAAUCACCAUUAAACUGCGGUCCGCUGAGGUCACCUGGUUUGACGACUAUUUCCUGAAGCUGAAACUUGGCACCAAUAUCCGCAACCCAUGGUUCCCCGAAUUCUGGCAACACCGCUUCCAGUGCCGUUUGGAGGGGCACGCUCAGGAGAACCUAGCCUUCAAAAGACUCUGUACAGGGAAUGAAAGUCUAGCAGAAAAUUACGUACAAGACACCAAGAUGGGUUUCAUCGUUAAUGCGAUUUAUGCCAUGGCUCACGGAUUGCAUGACAUGCACAAAUCUCUCUGUCCAGGUCACCCGGGACUAUGUGAUGCAAUGCAGCCCAUUGACGGUAGCAAAUUACUCAAUUUUAUAAUAAAGACUUCCUUCAUUGGAGUUUCUGGUGAGGAAGUAUGGUUUGAUGAAAAUGGAGAUUCUCCAGCAAGGUAUGAUAUUAUGAAUCUUCAAAUUACAGAGAAUGGUCUGUACGGCUACGUGAACAUAGGGACUUGGCACGAAGGGUUGCUGGACCUAAACGACAACAAGCUUCAGAUGAACAUGACCAAGAUGGUGCGUUCUGUCUGUAGUGAACCAUGCACCAUAGGACAGAUUAAGGUUAUCCGGAAGGGGGAGGUGAGUUGCUGCUGGAUAUGCACAACAUGCAAGGAGAAUGAAUACAUGCAGGAUGAGUUCACGUGCAGAGCCUGUGAUCUGGGCUGGUGGCCGAACCAUGACCUCACAGCUUGUCAAAGGCUUGAUGUGAAUCAUCUGCACUGGAGCGAUGUGGAGUCUGCUAUCGCCGUGAUCUUCUCCUGCCUAGGGAUCCUUGCCACCAUGUUUGUCACUCUCAUCUUCAUGCUAUACAGGGACACACCGGUGGUUAAGUCCUCCAGCCGGGAGCUCUGCUACAUCAUCCUGGCCGGCAUCUUCCUGGGCUACAUCUGCCCGUUCACACUGUUGGCCAUGCCGACUCUGGCUUCCUGCUAUUUCCAGAGGGUCCUGGUGGGACUCUCUGCCGCCAUGUGUUACUCCGCCUUGGUGACCAAAACCAACCGCAUCGCCAGGAUCCUGGCCGGAAGUAAGAAGAAGAUCUGCACGAAGAAGCCCAGGUUCAUGAGCGCCUGGGCCCAGCUGAUUAUUGCUUCCGUACUGAUCAGCGUUCAGCUGACCAUUGUGGUCACGCUGCUGAUUCUGGAGCCCCCUAACCCUGUCCUUUUCUACCCCAGCAUCAACGAGGUCUUCCUCAUAUGCAACACGAGCAACCUGGGCAUGGUGGCUCCCCUCGGGUACAACGGGCUGCUCAUCAUGAGCUGCACCUACUACGCCUUCAAGACGAGGAACGUCCCCGCCAACUUCAAUGAAGCCAAGUACAUAGCCUUCACCAUGUACACAACCUGUAUCAUAUGGCUGGCUUUCAUCCCCAUCUACUUUGGCAGCAACUAUAAGAUCAUCACCACCAGCUUCUCGGUCAGUCUAAGCGUGACGGUGGCCCUGGGCUGCAUGUUCACGCCAAAGAUCUACAUCAUCAUCGCCAAGCCUGAGCGCAAUGUCCGCAGUGCGUUCACCACCUCGGACGUGGUGCGCAUGCAUGUGGGUGACGGGAAGGUGGCUUGCAGGUCCAACAGCCUGCUCGACAUGUUUAAAAGGAAGAAAACUACCGCCAGCAACGCGAGUUCCAAUGGAAAGUCUGUGUCGUGGUCUGAACCAGGGACAGGACGGCCAGCGAAGGGACAGCACAUGUGGCAUAGACUCUCUGUCCACGUGAAGAGCAAUGAUGGUGCCUCUAAUCAGACCGCUGUUAUCAAACCCCUGACCAAACCAUAUCAGAAUCAGAUCAAAACCCUCAACUUCUCUGACGUCGGCACAAAAGGCCUUUAUAAUGUCGAGGAAGAGGAUGAAAAUGAUCCUUUGAGGCCUGACAUUCCUAAUAGUCCAGACAUGAUGUUAGAGAGACGAGCAAUGUCUAUCACACAGCUUAAAGAAUUGGAAGACUCUGAUUAUUUCAUUUCUGAUCAAAUGCAAAAAGGUAUUUCCUCUCAGCGGUCGGUCAUGGAUCAAUUUCACGGAGUGGGCAAUACAUUUAAACCCAACAUGAUUGACCUUAAUUCAAUGCAUGCUGUGCCAGUGUCAGGUAACGGGAUGAAUCUGCUGUACCAGCUCAAUCAGGAUGUGCUCCCACUGCAGAUGACAACCUUCAGCCCUCAACCCAUCUCACCCGUGGAAGAGGAAUGUGAAACAUUCGACCUCAUAAGUGACUUCAUGUACGACAGCACCGAGAUCCAGGAUGCGCCGCCCACCCCUAACAGACUUACCCUGGAGGACUCUCCGGCACUCACACCACCCUCUCCCUUCAGAGAUUCAGUGGCAUCCGGCAGCUCGGUUCCCAGCUCGCCCAUCUCCGAAUCAGUGCUGUGCUCCCCGCCGAAUGUAACCUACGCUUCAGUCAUUCUGAGGGACUACAAACAAACUUCCUCCACCCUGUGAAGGCUUAACUCCUGUGGCCCAGAGUCAAAGUUGCCAAGAAUUUCAAUGUAACAUAGCCAGGGGUUGAGGCAUAAGGAAGGGGUUACCUUGUGCCACA